CAGACGUCGAUGUGUCUUUGAACGGAGCUCCAGGUAAAGUUACGAGAAUGCCACUACAUGGAAAGAUAGUCGUGGUUAAGAGGAGUGGAGUGGAUGGGACUGAAUUCCCACUUACUGCAUCAUGCUUAUUUGGAAGGAAGCCUACCUGCGAUAUUCGUAUCCAGCUUCCUCAAGUCUCCAAGGAGCAUUGCAGAAUUGAUUUCAAUGAAAAUAAAGAGGUUGUAUUGACAAAUCUGAGCUCAGUGAAUCCAACCCGUGUCAAUGGAGAGGCUUUGCAGCAGGCUGAGCGUUUGAAGCAUGGAGAUGUGAUAACCAUUAUUGACCGUUCUUUCAGGUUCGAGUAUCCUCCAGCACCCACACCAAAGAAGAGGUCUUCCGUUGGAGGCAAAAGUGAAACCCUCAAAGUCCUGCAAGAUCAGCAUGUAGGAGACACAGUUGCUGUUGGAACUGUAGAAAAGAGGAUCUCUGAAGUGUCCACAGACCCUCAUCUGAAAGAUGGAACCAACCAUGACAACAUACAGCGAGCCUUGGAGAAAACUAUGGAGGUGGAGUCCAAGGAAGAUGAUAGCCUGCUACAAAGCCAGACCAAUUCCCCCUUCAAUGAUCUGUAUCAAAUGAUCAAAAAAUCUCUGGAUGUCAAGACUCCUCGGAAAUCCUCCAGCAGCAAGUUUCAGACACCGUCAUCGAAGUUUUGCACUCCAAAACAUGGGACAGUUGGAGAAAUCAAUGAAACACCCGCCAUUUCCACAGAAGACACUCCCAAGAAGGAUGAAGCUAGUGUCUCUCUUGAAGCUGGAGAAAAUAAUGGGGAGGCUCAAAGUAUAAGCAAUGGGACCCCAAAGUCUGUUAAGAAGCAAAGGAGAUCCUCUCAGGUUCCUGCCACUGAGAUGGUGAGAUCUGUUGUUGAAGAAGCAGAAAAUUCCAAGUUGGAGGCAACAACUCCCCAGAAGUUUACUGUCAGCGAGGUUAUUGAGCAAAUUUCUGCUGAAACACCCAAGUCACCUAUGAGAAGAAGGAGCAAGGAGGCCACACCAGCUAAGGAACAAGAGCAAGCAAUGCCUGCUCAAAAAACAGAGCAUCUUAGAAGAACGUCACCAAGGAACUCUGGGAAAGUUGAAAAAGUGGAAGAGCUGUCCAAAAAACGCAAAAGUGGAGAACUUGCAGCUGACUUGCCCCAGCAAAAAAUGAAGAAGAAGCGCGUUUCCUUUGGCGGUUACCUGAGUCCCGAGUUAUUUGACAAAAAACUACCUCCUGACUCUCCACUACGGAAGGGGGCUGCUCCACGGAGAAGCUUGUGUCUCAUCAAACCCAAACUAUCACUCCUCAGACGAGCAUCAGUUAUUGGCUUGCACCCAGAUAGUCCUGCAAACAUGACUCCACCUAAGAAGAAAUCUUCAAGUGUCAAGAAUGCUUCUCCUAAGACUCCAACACCUGGAAAGAAAUCACCAAAAUCAAAUACCCCUUCUCCUAAGGCUCAAACACCAGGAAAGAAUUCCCCAAAAUCAAAGGCCUCCUCUCCCAAGGCUCAGUCACCUGGAAAGAAAUCACCAAAACCCAAGACCCCUUCUCCUAAGGCUCCAACACCAGGAAAGAAUUCCCCAAAAUCAAAGGCCUCCUCUCCCAAGGCUCAGUCACCUGGAAAGAAAUCACCAAAUUCCAAGAGUUCAUCUCCUGCUACGGGAAAAUCUCCCUCCAAAAACAAAUUGGAGACCCCCACGGCAAAGAGAAGGUCAAGCCUUACCCCGAAGGAAAAUGCCACUGUUGCAACACCAACAAAAACCCCUUUGAGUUCACAAGUCAACACCCCCACUAUGCAAGGGCGAUUCUCUGUAUCACGCAUCAACACCCCAUCACCAGUUGUGGAAGAUGCUGGUAUGGACCCAAUGUCUACAGUCACUGUAACCCCUAAAAUACCCCUGAGGAGGAAGAGCAUGAAGAGCACCUCACGCAAGACUCCAAGUCUGGCAAAGAGCGCUGUAAAAGUAAUGCACAGAAGAAGUGGCAUUUCACGAGCAUCUAUGAAAGCCAUAAACUCCUGGGCAGACAUUGUCAAGUUUGGGCAAACCAAGGUGCAAGUGGCCGCUCCAGCUAAAAAAACAGUCAACAAAAAGCCUGUGAAGAAGACUGUACCCAAACCACAGACCCCUGCAAGAAAACUGAUCAGCCAUGCCAGCACUGGACAUGCAAAUUCACCUGUUACCAUCGUGGUGGGCAGAGCUCACAAACUAAAGGUUGUACAUCCAACUGGAAAUGCACCAAGAGUGGUCACCAAUACUGCACUCUUUAAAAAGAACAUGAAAAUGGACGAGGACUUGACGGGAGUUUCUGAAAUGUUUAAAACACCUGCAAAGGAAAGGAAGAGAAGAUCUGAAAUCAAUGAGAACAAUGCCCCCAAAACACCAGUGGAAAAUCUUUCUACAUCUGUAGUAGAGCCAUCAGUGUUGAACACACCAGAGGAGAUAGGUGAAAUGAUAGUGUCUCCGCUGAGUGUUGGAUCUACAGUGAAAGAAAGAAGAUACAACAGUGAGGCUGUCCAGCGCCUCCUUAAUGGAGAUGAAGAAUCCAGUUUUGUUAGUGACACCCCUACAUUGGAGAUUCACACUGAUGAUUCAGGUGAACAGCAGUGCACGGAUUUGAAGACGACCUCUGUAACAACUCCCAAACAAAAGCCAGAACUACCAGAGUCACUCACUGGAGUGAAGAGGAUCAUGAAGACCCCAAGACAGAAGUCUGAACCCCUAGAAGACAUCAGAGGGAAACUUCUUAAGACACCUAAGCAAAAGCCUGAACAACAGGAGUGUCUCACUGGAGUGAAGAGGAUCAUGAAGACCCCAAGACAGAAGUCUGAACCUCUAGAAGACAUCAGAGGGAAACUUCUUAAGACACCUAAGCAAAAGCCUGAACAACAGCCUGAACAACAGGAGUGUCUCACUGGAGUGAAGAGGAUCAUGAAGACCCCAAGACAGAAGUCUGAACCUAUAGAAGAUAUCAGAGGGAAUCUUCUGAAAACUCCCAAACAGAAACCUGAGCAACAGGAGUGUCUCUCUGGAGUGAAGAGGAUCAUGAAGACCCCAGAACAGGAGGCUGAACCUCUUGAACAUGUACAUGGAGAGCUUCUGAAAACUGCACAAGUUGCUGAUGUGACUUGUGAUGUUGUUAAGGAAAUGAAGACCCCAGCACAUGUGGAAGAAUCAGAAAACCUAGCCGAAAAGACCGACAUGAAAACUCCAAACCUUAAGAGCUCCCCAGUGGUUUGCCUCUCUGGUAUCAAGAGGAUGAUGAAAACACCGAGGGAGAAAUGUGCACCUGUGGAAGACUUUGAAGGACUUCAAGAGCUCAUGGAGGAGCCACUGACUAAUCUCGCAGAACCAGUGGAAACAACUGAGGUUGAAGACCAAACUCGUUCGGAUUGUGAGUCAGACGUUGCAAAAGAACUAGAUUUUGCCCAUGAAGAGCAACAAGACGUUGUACCUUGUGCUCAGAGUGAAGAUGGACCAUCAGAUGUGAUCCAAGAUGUUCCCCAAGUUGACAUGGCAAACGGUCAUGCAAAUGAAGUUGCCUGUGCCCAGCUUGAGGUGCCCAGUGCACUUGAUGCAAAUGAACCAUCAGAUGCCAUGGAAACUAUCUCACAGGCAGCUGUAGACGAAACUCUGCCAGAAGAACAACUUCAGGCUGAGACGGCUCCUUCCGAAGUUACCGAAAUGCCCGCAACUGCCACUGAUGAACAGAAGAAACCUGUGGAACCGAAAGCAGCUGAGGAUGAACAGGAGGUCACAGAAAAUUCUGAAGAUCCUAUUGUCCCUGCUCCAGCCAGAGGAAGAAGAGGGAAGAAAACUGAAGCAACUGCACCAUCGGCAGUUAGACAAACUGCAAGAAACAGAAAUGCAAAGUCCAUUGAAAGCAAGGAUGCUGAGCUCACUCAGGAGGAAAGUGCCCCUCUGCCCUCCAAAGUCGCUACUAAGCCUAAAAGAGGAAGAAAUGCCAAAAAGGCUUCUGAUGAUCAAGCUGAAACAGUGCAAGAGAUUGCCACUGAAAUGGUGCCAGAGCCUGAGAGUGAACAGAUUCCCCCCAUGGAGCACGCUGCAGAUGACAGUGAAGCACCACUGGAAAAACCUGUGGUGAAGCCCAAGAGAGGAAGAAAAACUAAUAAAGAAUCUGAACAAUCUCAAUCAGUGCCUGAGAAGCAAGAUGUGCCCUCUACUGAGAGCGAAGAUCUUCUCCAAGCUGACAAAGCAAAAGAAGCGGAUAUAAAGGAAGUCAGUAGUGAGCAGUUGCCCGUUGAAGGUGAUGAAAGUAAAUCAUCAGAUGCUGUGGAAAUUGUCCAGAAGAAACCUGUUCGAGGCAGAAGGGCAAAAUUGGUGGAACCAAAAGCAGCUGAAGAUAACCAGGAAGCAGCAGAACCUUGUGAGGAUCUUGUUGACCCUGUUCCAGUCAGAGGAGGAAGAAGAGGGAAGAGAACUGCAGCUACUGCCCCACCUGCUGUUAGAAAAACUACACGGGGCAGAAAUGCCAGGUCUCAAGAAGACACUUCUGAUGACCAACCUGAAAUAGUGCCAGAGAAAGCUGUGGAAACAAAUCCAUUGACUGAGAUUUCACCUGAAGAAAUUCCAAUAAAUACCAGUCAAGAAGAAAUCGAGUCUGCAGCCCCUGAAAAGGAAGUUGUGUCGAAGCCGAGCAGGGGGAGAAAAGCUAAACCCACACCUGUUGAACCACCUCAAUCCGAGCCUGAAAAGAGUGAAAUUGUGAGUGACCAGCAUCUUCUGGCAGCUGAUGAGCCUCAACAGUCCGCUCCCACACAAAGAAGAGGGAGAAAGAGGAACCCUGAUACCGUUGACCAAAACGAGGUGACCGAAGACACAGUUGUCGCUGUGGAGACCAAGAAGCCGUCCAAGCCUCCAGUCAGGGCUAAGAGAGGAAAAAACGCCAAAAAGGAAGAAGAAACGGUAGAGAAUGAUAGCAAGACUACCUCAGUAGAGACUACUAAAUCCCAGGAGCCAGUUAAAAAGUCAAGGAGAACCAGAAAGACUGAGCAAGACCAUGUAGAACCAGAAGAAGAGGUCCAAAUAGUUGAAACUCUUGUCCCAGAGGAGGCUGAAGCGCCAAUGAAUGAACAAGCCACUGUGCCUGCAAAGCCCGGGCGAGGGGGGCGAAGAGCAAAAAAAGACACUGAGAGUGUAACCCCAGUCGAAUCCACUGAGACCCAAGAGGUACUUGUUGUCAGCACCACAGAAAAACCCAAACGGGGCAGGAGAGGAAAACAAGUUGCUGAAGAGGUUAAUAUCACCGCGGAAGUACCAGAGGAAAAACCUGACCAUGAGCCGGAGACCGAGGAGAAUCAGGAAAACGUUGCCACUGUUAAAACCAGUAGAGCAAGGGGGGCCAAAACUGCAAAGAGUGAGAUUUCACUAGCCGUUCCAGCCAAGCGAGCACGCCGAGGUGCAGCCCCUUCUCAUGAGGAGACCAGUACAGAAGCCUCAGCUCCAGAGUCUGCUCCGAUUUCAGUAGAACCGGCCAAAAGGGGAAGACGGGCAGCAGCCAAACCCACUGAAGAUUUAAGCAGUGCUGCUGUGGAAGACACAAAAACGUCCAAAAAAUCUGUCAAGUGGACAGGAGAUUUGAAAGUCUACGAGAUAACUCCUUUGAAGACGGUUCGCGGCAGGAAGUCAAAACUUGGUGGCCAAGAUGACGUUGAGAGCAACAAUGCAGUGCAGAGUGCCAACGAAACUGAAGAGCAGGAUCUCUCAGAUAAAGUUGUUGAAUCUCAGCCUGCCAAGAGAGCCAGGCGAGGGGCAAAGGUCGCAGAUGUAACCACUGAGUCCACCAGCAAGGUCAAUCCUAAGAAAGGUGACAUCAAACAGGCUGAUGAAGCUGAGACACAGCCGAAAACCAGAAGAGGAAGAUCAGCAAAGAAAUGAGAGCUUUUGUGUAUAUGUUAACUAUAAUGACUUUCCUUUUUUUUUUAAAUUAAAAAAAAAAAACUUUUUGUAUUUGUUGAUUUUAGACUGUAAUCCAUUUUAGCAAGUAGUUUUAUAGACUGAAAAUUAAGCACUGCUUUUUCUUUUUUCUUUUCCUUUUCAACACAGCAGGGAAUCUUGUUUUAACCAUUUAUAUUUUUUUUGAAAAGUUGUAAGUUUUUCAUUACAGGUUUUGCUGAUAUUUUAUGUUGGAAAAAAAUAGUUAUUAAAAUCUUUUGUAUAAUGGAAAAAUGUGUCAUUUUUUGAGUGUGUGUCCAUGUGUGGCUAAAAUGCCUGGGAUGAUAAUUAGCCACAUGACUUGAAAGAUGAA